AUAAGCUACUGAGGCGGCAACAUGCAGGUUACAGCCAGGAUCCGAACCGGAACAAGAAUAAAUUAUCGGGUCUCGCCCUGAAUCUUAAAAAUUGUACGGGGCUCAAUCUUACCGUGAAUCGUGAAUGGAGCAGCUUGGAGUGAAAUGGGGGAAGCAAGCUCGCCACCGUGAACGAGUCGCCCGCAAUCACCACCACCGCCGCCGAAUUGGACAAUUCACGCACCCACUGAUGAAAAUAGAGAUGGAUUGCGAGAAACUGCUACUGAAUGAUAGUCUUCGGCGUGAAUUGACUCUUCAUCAAUCGAGGUCGCACAGCGCCAUGUCUCGCCAGGAGAUGAGACAAGGUCGUCACGACGCAAGGGAGGCGAGCCACCACUUUAUACUGCAUGCAGCCACUGCAGACUGGGAAGCAAGGAGAGACAUAGACCGCAGGAAUGCUGUCAUUCAUUCCAUUCCAUUUUCCUACCCUUUCCAAACACAUUCCUACAAUAAGUCGACCUCACGCCUCAGCCGGUGCCUGUCUGUGGCCCGCGUCGUGCAACCGUCUGUGGACUCUCUGCCAGAACCGGAAUGCUGCAAUCGUUCAUUGAAGCCCAUGGCCAGGGCGCUUCAUCUUUAUAAGAAGUGGGCGCGUCGUUCGUUUGUUUGUUGUGAUCUUUUUCUUGCUCAGCACUCUCUGGAAUUGAAGCAUCCACAGUCACUCACUCUCUUUGUGACCACAACCACAAUCACAACCAGCAACACGACCAAACAUCCAAGGUCCUUGCGUUCCACUCUUUAUCCAAGAUCAACAACAGCAUCUACGACGACGUACUCGCGGACGCACACCGACUCCGGAGACCCUCUCGCUUUACCUCACCAUCUUUCAUCUUUGCUACGCCAAGUCCUAGCUGGACCCUACCAUCGCUCUACCUCUCUUAUUGGAAUGCUCUUGGCCUGAACUCUCUCUAUCAAGGUCCACUAGCUCUCGACAUCUUCACUCUACAAGUCCGCAAAGAUUGUAUCAAAGAUACAAGCAGCUUUCACUCACUUCUUCUUACCGUAUGAUGCAAU